UUGAAGGGUUUGCAAAGAGGCUCCACCUUUUCAAGCGGUUCAGUGACCUCACUAGUGGGCAGGAUUGUAAGGGUGGGAUUUCCAGGCGUUCAGAGAGCCCUGUGUAUUCCUGCCUCUCUAUCUCAGGAUCUAUGCGGCUGCUGCGGUAGCGAAGACGGACUGGUCGUACCUUUCCGAUCCAUAGAAAGAUCUACAUACCGGGACACUCGAGCUUCUUUUUCUACAUGCGACUCCAAUCGGAAUAAAUAAUUGAGGAAUGUGGAAAUUACAGAAUGCCCAACAGCGCUGGAAAGAGAUUUAAACCCACCAAAUACAUCCCAGUGUCCACUGCUGCCACACUCCUUGUGGGUUCGACCACUUUAUUUUUCGUUUUCACGUGCCCCUGGUUGACAAAGGUGAUCUCUCCUGCUGUGCCUCUCUACAAUGGCCUGGUCUUCCUCUUUGUAUUGGCCAACUUCAGCAUGGCAACCUUCAUGGAUCCUGGUGUUUACCCCAGAGCGGACGAGGACGAGGACAAGGACGAUGAUUUCCGAGCGCCGCUCUACAAGAACGUGGAGAUCAAGGGCAUUCAGGUCCGGAUGAAGUGGUGCGCCACCUGUCACUUCUACCGGCCGCCUCGCUGCUCGCACUGCAGCGUCUGUGACAACUGCGUGGAGGACUUUGACCACCACUGUCCCUGGGUGAACAACUGCAUUGGACGGAGGAACUACCGUUACUUCUUCCUCUUCCUGCUGUCAUUGAGCAUCCACAUGGUGGGAGUUUUUUCCUUUGGCCUCAUUUUUAUCCUCCACCACCGAGAGAGGCUGGGAACGCUACACACCACUGUCACUCUGGUGGUGAUGUGUAUAGCAGGGCUUUUCUUCAUUCCAGUCAUGGGACUCACGGGUUUCCAUAUGGUGCUCGUGGCCCGAGGUCGAACAACCAAUGAACAGGUGACAGGCAAGUUUCGUGGAGGAGUAAAUCCCUUCACCAAGGGUUGCUGUGGCAACGUGGAGUACGUCUUAUGUAGUCCUCUGGCACCUAGGUACAUGCUGGACCCCAGAAAAAAGCCCCACAUCAAAAUUCAGCCCCCAUUCAUCAGACCAGACCUCUCAGACAGGCAAAUAACCAUCAAGGUCAGUGACAAUGGCAUCCACGGCACCAUCAUCAGCUCUAAGUCCAAAAGCAGCCUGGACGGACUAGAUGACAAAGAAACCCAGCCGCCGCUGCCGCCCAAAGCUGACAGGUACAACCAGCUGAAAAACCAACAGACCUCCAGCGAAGAGAGUUCUCUUUCUGGUAAAACUCACCCCUCCACUCCAGCCAUGUACAAGUUCAGGCCGUCCUUUGGCACCAUGCCAAAGGUCCACUACCACACUGCCGGAGAGAAGAUUGUCAUGCCAGAUGACCGGAAGACGUCAGCCAUCUUGGAAGAGGGUGUCCGUGGUCAUGACUACCGAUCUGAGCCAAACCUGGACCUGCCUGAGUACACCAAUGCUCCCCUCCACCGCACCUUCCAGUCCUCUCCCCUCCAGCUGGACUCUGACCCCGUCAACUCCCGCUCUCUCAGCCUGAAGCAGGGUCACCGCCGACCAGAGAAGGGCCAGCUCCCGGCCCUGCAGCCGCAUGCAGUCACAUCUACCCCCUACAAGAGUGUCUUUUCACCCAACACGCUCUCCAACCGUAAUGGUAGUCUGUCUUACGACAGCCUGCUCAACCCCAGCAUCUCCCCAGCCACUGCCACUGAGUGCAUGGCCCAUCGUGGUAUGCCCUCCAUGGGGUUCCACUCGCCCUACUUGCCCACCAAAAUGUGCCACAUCCGGGAACCUGAAAUGCAGAGGCAGCAGGUCGCCCCCGCCUACAGUCCAGUGAUGCCACCCAGAGGGGUGGGCAGGCAAUCCCCUCACCCAAGGGACAGAGACCCAUCCCCAGUGCGCUACGACAACCUCUCCCAGACCAUCAUGGCCUCCAUCCAGGAGCGAAAGCAAAUGGAGGAGAGGGAGAAGCGACAGAUGCUGCAUGGGCGCUCCCAGACCCACAUCUAUGCCCAGGACUCUGGUGUGUUUGAUGGGGGCUAUGGCCUACCCCCCAAUGCUUGCUACCCAGAUGGGCCUCGUGGCCCUGGCUCUAGAGGCCCUACACCCCCAGCCUAUGGAGGAUCCAGGGACAACCUGAUGGGGGUUGGGCUGGUGAGCUAUGGACAGCGAACCCCUGUGUUGCGCCACGCCGGCUCCACGCUGGGCCGCGCCCCUAGGACUUCAUCCACCUCCCUGCACACAGAUCACAGUAGCACCAACAGCAGCCAGAGCAGGGCCACUGGCCCUGAGGGCCCCUAUCGCUCUCCUGCCCACCAGCCCCACUCUCCUGCUAUGCCCCGAUCCCCCUCCUACUCUCAUCAGAAACUGUCCUACAUCGGUGCACAUGAGAGGACAGACUCACCUCGUCUGGGGGGCCCAAGAGAGGCCAUGAAAGUUAAUGGGCAGAUGGACUGCCACCAGAGUACCCAGGGUGCCACCCUCAGCCCCAGUCGCCACAGUAACGUCAAAAAGGUGACAGGUGUAGGAGGCACCACAUAUGAGAUAUCAGUGUGAGCAGGGACACAUCCAACAUCCACCUCCAGUGACAACGGCCAACCUGCUACAAAGAGAUUCUCUCCUCUGCUAUUUUUGUGAAGUCUAGAUAACUGCCAGCCAGGGGCACAGAGCACUCCCUGUUUUCAGAGUUAUUGUCCAGUCAGAGGAUCUGUCUGCUCUUGUUGUAGGUCUGUCUAGUCCCGUGUGUGUUUUGUACCCGAGAAUUGGUUGUCAGUCAAUACCGCAGCAGUCUGUACUGUAUGUGUGAGAAUUAUCUUGUCAUUAACAUUUUUGUGGCUCAUCAUCUUGGUUGUAAGAGUGGACUGUCCAACAAGAUCGUCAAUGUAAUUACUGCUGUCUCUCAGAUGUGGUCAUGAAGCUUGUUCCAAAUGUCACACAAACGUUGCUCCACGAAGCACUGAAGGCUGAACAGAAACACUGCAGAUAAAUUCAACACGGACAUCCUCACUAUGCACUUCUGUGAGAAGAGACUAAUGUCAAUUCACCUUGUGAAGUCAAGGUGCUUCACAUUAACCUGCACUGUUCACGUCAUCAGUUGUACAGAUUUGAGAAGCGACGGAGGACAGAUCAGUUAGAUUAACUGCAAGUGCAGGAAACACAACACGAGUGAGAUGAGAGACUGGGAAAGGGAUAUCGAGGGGAAUUUCAUCGGAUCAUGUCUGAUGGUUGCAUUCCAAAUUCAUUGAGAAAGGCUUGCUUUUAAUUAAAAGUAAAACCACAUCUUCAUCUUUGUGAAAAAAUAAUUUUCUCAGGAAUGAAUGCAAGCAGCGGAGAAGUUAGGCGAAAUGAAUUCAUGAAUAAUUAAUGUCUCCGUCUUUUUCUCAGUCGAGUGCAGAUAUUUAGGGCUUGAAUAUAGCUUAGCCCCCUUUAUUCCCUUCACUAAGGUGCAGUACAUCAUCGUAGACUUCUGUUUGUUUUAGUGAAGUUCAGUUAUGUGAGUUCAACAUGACCCAUGACACAAGAGCUGGGCUGAUAUAUGUGCAUUCUGAAAUAUCAGAAUACCUCAACCCAACGGUUCUCACGGAAUUCAGAGCAAGUCCAGCCUUGCACAACCAAAACGACUUUCUGUUAAUGUUUUGUUGUUUAUUAUGUAAGUAAUAUUUGUGUUAUAAUCAUAGGAUUGGAAGGGUGAAGAAAAACAAGCCAUUGUCCCAUGUAGUUAAAUGAAGAUAACUGGUCACCCACUCAUUAUUUUGUAGUUUUUUUAAAUCAGUUUGUUUCCUUUUUAUAUACCCAACCUUUAAAAAAAAACUGUUUGAUACAUCUUUUUUAUACAGAUACUUAAACCUGAAAUGGAUGUUUUAUUUUGAGUGGAGUUUUUUGUUGAUAAAUUAUAUAUACAGUAAAUAAAUGAGGUCAUGAGUAAUGGGUAAAAUCCAUAAAGUAAAUAUAGCUUGUUGUAACUUGCAGUGUAAAAAUAUAUGAUGAAAUGUAAUUAGUUGAUAUGUGAUGUUGAGGAAGUGAAAUAUUAAAGUCACAGUAUUUGUGUAGUGACUAGUGAACGGUCACAUGGUCCACACUGAAUUGCCAGUAUGUGCUGUACACAAGUCAAGGAUUGGGCUUUCAGCAGAAGCAGCCAUGGACAUUUCAGUGCCAGAAGUGGCCACACAUCCCAUUCAUUUCUCGAAGACAGCAGACAGGUGACAUCACUACUAAGUGCAGCAGCUGUCUGGAACAGCUUCGGUAUUACCCACAACUCAGUUAAAAUGGAGCUUUUUUUUGGUUGUUUUUUUUGCUGUGAAUUAAAAAAAAAGUCUCGUAACAUGUAUUACUUUUGACCGUAAAAAUGGAACUGAUCAUAUCUAAGUGGAAGUUUUUUUAAUUUAUUUUUUUGGCACCAACUGAAUAAGUCCAUACAUGCCAGAAUUUACUUAGAUGUAGCGCGGUAGAUUUGGUCCAGCUACAUUUGCAUUAAGAAUAAACCAUGUUGCCUUUUGAGAGGAAAAACUAUGUUUCAUACACAAUCAAAUGUAGCUGGUUGAAACUUUAUUGUAUGCUAAGGGACAGUGAGAUACCAUUAGUUUUUUUGCGUCGAGCAACAAAUGGCAGGAGUGACACAACUCAGACUGGGUAAACUUUAAAAUUUUGACAAAGGAAGGGUCUGGAACAACAGCCUAUGUACAAAGUGAUAUGUGAUUAAUUAUGAAAUUAUGUUACUCUUAUACAAGAAUUUUUUUUUUUCUUCCCAUUUCUGAUAUAUUCAUAGUUUCCUUUCUUCAGAGGUCACUUUAAGGGCCGGUAGCUUGGGUAGUCUUGCUUUCCUACAAGGUUGGUUGUCACCGCAACUCACUGCAGUGACAACCUUCUGACUAGUAUGAUUUCCUUUUCAAGGCCUUACCAUCAACACAGUGAUGUUACGGAACCGAGGAUACUCUAUUCAAAUCAUGUAUUUCUGAAUCGUUCAAAAUUGUUUCUGUUCUGCUGAGUUACCUGAACAUACCCCAGUCUAUCAUGAUUUUCAGAGCCCCUUUUGACCACAUAUCAAAACACUGUCAAUGUCAUUCCUCUUUAAGAAGACUACCAUUAGUCCAAUGUUCUUGUUUUUGGGAUGGACAUCACUGCAGGUCAGGGACCAUUCCUGACAGUCAGCAAUGAAUUUUUUUUCUGAAACUCAAAAUAGAAAGUUGACUAUGUAUCAAAAUAUAGAAUAUACUAUAAAUGUACAUGCGUUCCUAUUUUUGUGAAGAGGAAAUAUUUCCCAAUGACCUGAACAGAGUAAAUAAAGUU